AUGGCGAGGGCGCAAGGGGUGGUGCGGGAGGUGCGCCUCCUCAGCUCCCCUCACGCCUGGCUUCCUCCAACGACAGCGGCAGGUACCAUGCCAACAGAAUGCUUAGCUUCUAUGCACCAGAUGGGCCAACAAGGAGCAUACAACCAAGGAAUGGGUUAUAUGCAACCUCAGGGUUACGACGGUGAGGAGGAGGAACAGGGUUACGACACGGAGAACGAGGAGCUGGUCGAGGUGGGAUACGUGUCCAGCACGCACGGGAUGUGCGGCGACGUCCUCGUCCUCAUCACGCCACGCACCGACUUUCCGGAGCUCCGUCUCGCCACGGCUAGGCAAAUAGUUGGUUCGGCUGUACUUGUGAAAGCUGGAGAUAGGCCAGAAAUUGAGGACAAUGAAUUCUAUUCACUUGACCUUGUUGGAAUGAGAGUUACUGUGAAGGAUACAGGCAAGCUCGUUGGAACAGUUGGUCAGGUUUUCAAUUUCGGAGGUGGAGAUCUUCUACAGGUGAUGAUUGGCUCUGCUGAGGGUACUGCUGUCGAUCAAGAUUCAGAAAGUCAAGAUUCAAUUUCAUCACGUGAGCAUGUGUGGAUACCAUUUGCUGAAGAUAUUGUACCUGAUGUUAAUAUGGCAAGCAGAGAAAUGUGGAUUACACCUCCGAAGGGGUUACUUGAGCUCAAUUCUCGUUCUGAUAAGAGGUCGAAGAAAGAAAGGCGUGCGAUAGUUAGGUCUGCAUCAUCCUUUUCUUGCAUCCAUGCUCGAGUCUACAAUGUUAUGAUAGAUCGUGAGCUUUGGAAACUCCGGCUGAUAGAUUGGGGCCUUGCUGAAUUCUUAUGA